AUGACUCUCCUAUUCAACAAUUUUCCCUUGCUCAUGACUCUCCUUUCUCCACGACACUCCUUACCCCACGACUCUCCUUUCCCCACGACUCCUUCCUCCAGCGACGUGGUGGUGGUGGAGGCAAUUCCUAAGAAUACGCCCAAACCACCACCAUCGUACUGUCCUCAGCCAUCACCUAUCACCACAAGCCCUGCACCAGAAUCCUUAACGUAUCCUCAGCCAUCACCAUCGUAUGAUCCCCAACCACCACCCCUACCCCCACCACCACCUCCAUCGCCACCCCCAGCCCGAUCCCCAUCACCACAACCACCAUCACCAUCAGGGGCGCCGCGGCAGGGAGGAGCGGGUGCAGCGGGUAGCAGCAGUGAGGCCAUCACGUAG